AUGAAGAAUAUGUCCGAAAGAAUGAAUCAUGAAAAAUGUGACGCGAAAUCCUGCUCUUGGCCUGUAUAUCAUGAUGAUAUAAAGCAAUUGGAUGAUACAGGUGAAUACAUGGGUGUACCAAUUGUUGAUGACCACGACGAAGAGGGGCCAAAUGUAACAAGGUCUUUAGCCAGACGAGCAAAUGCAAACAAAGCUGAAAACGUGCGAGAUAAUGUUUCAAAGCAAGUAUUGUUGCUCAUCACACGCUUGGAGAAAGAUUUACGCGAUCAAGUCUUCUCUCAGUCAGACAAAGAAAUGAUCGAGGAUACGAGGCUGAUUACUGAUUUGAAGACCACUGCAGUUAGAAUAAAGUUGAGAGGUGCCAUCCUUAUUUCGAAUAUCGAAAGAGCGAAGUAUAUAACGACGCUACGCAAAAUAAUCCCAUCCGUUAAAGAGGUUCCGGACGAGACCAUAAUUCUUCAAUUCGAGGAAUUUCUGGUACGGCUGGAGAAAGUUGUCAGAAACAAAAAGAAUGAUGAUCUCGACAGCAAAGAGCUUAUUAAGUUAUUUUUGCGCAGCGACAAAGAGUUGUACAAGGGAAUUGAGAUGAUUAUCCACUCUAUUUGUGUGUCCGCUGUGAAAAUUUCUGUGGAAUCAGUGAUUGAAUCAUUAACAUCAAAGUUUGAGAUUCACUUCAAUAAAUUUAGAAAUGUGAAUGAGGAUACCGCGUACAACGAAAUGAUGGUUAGCGUUAAUGGUCCUUCACAAGCCCAAUGUGACAAAGUUGUGAUGGCGGCUAUGAAACAGCACUUCAAAGGGCAGCAUGGCAUUCGCUUUGUAAGAAGAUCAAAUGACAUCAGUCUAUUUGCCACAGUGGGUGUAUCUGACAAUUCUAAGGUUGUAAACAGAAUGCUGCAAGAGAAGUCAAGACUGCCGUUCAUGCAGUAA